AUGGGACCAGGAAAUCUGACCACUGUACAGGCAUUCAUCCUCUCAGGCCUGACUGCCAACCAUAAUGUCGAACUGGCACUCUUCGUCCUUUUCACAGCCAUCUACGCAUUGAUUCUCAUUGGCAACAUUCUCAUCGUAAUCACAAUCACCUACGACCACGAUCUCCACACCCCCAUGUACUUCUUCCUCAGUAACCUCUCUUUCAUCGACGUCUGCCAUUCUACGGUGGUGAUGCCCAAGAUGCUGGCCGACUUCCUAGCAGAGACGAAGUCCAUCUCCUUUGGGGAAUGCAUAGCCCAGAUGUUCUUCCUGCACCUCUUUGCCUGUACGGAGAUCUUUCUCCUCACCAUCAUGGCCUAUGACCGCUAUGCAGCCAUAUGCCACCCCCUCCAUUACACGACCAUCAUGAGCCAUCGGGUCUGUCUCCGGUUGGCUGUGGCUAUGUGGUUGGGUGGGCUUCUGCACUCCAUCGCCCUGACCACAUUGACCCUCAGUGUGCCCUACUGCGGCCCCAACACCAUCGAUAACUUCUUCUGUGACGUCCCCUUGGUUAUCAAACUGGCCUGCACCAACACCUACAUCUUCGAAAUCCUCAUCGUCUCCAAUUCUGGAGUUAUCUCGGUGGUCUGCUUUAUUGUUCUGGUCAUCUCCUACGUCGUCAUCCUUGUCUCCUUGAGGAACCGCUUCUCUGAAGGGCGGAGGAAGGCUCUGUCCACUUGUGUGGCUCACCUGAUGGUGGUGACCUUCUUCCUGGGGCACUGCAUCUUCAUCUACCUCAGGCCGGCCAAGAGUUUGGCUGCGGACAAGGUGGUUUCCAUUUUCUUCACAGCCGUCACACCGCUGCUCAACCCGGUCAUCUACACUCUGAGGAACGAGGACAUGCUGAACGCCAUGAACAAGCUGCGAGAUAAAAUGGCCUUUGCUUGGCUUCUGGAUGCCAAGUAA